AUGGAGGGGGGGAAGGACGCUAACAACAUCCACUUCAUCACGAUGUUUCGGGAGAAUCUGGUGAAGGCCCUGCGGUUCUACGAGCGCACGGAAGAGCGACUAUCCGCGCAGAUUCGUGCUUCACGGGAUGCUCCCAGCCCUUCGAAGUCAAAGAUGCUUCGACAUGAGCUCGAGCACGAGGUCAGACACCUGCGAAGCUAUGCUCACUACAACCUGGAAGCGAUCCGGAAGAUUGCAAAAAAGUAUGACAAGCGCUGCGGAGUCUCAAAGACCAUGCAGGCCGACAUUAUGGAGACCCUGAACGAGUCCUACCUGGCGGACGGCGAAAAUCGCUGCUCCCAGAUGUUAAAAUUGCUGGAGGAUCCCGCAUUGACGUCUCCGAUUCUGAGCAGAAGCGGAUCACGGUCGAUGUCGGGGGUCCUGGAGUCGGCGCAACCGUUGCUGAGCAACACGAAUCGACGCCAUUCCCGGCUUCUGCUGCCGAUCUUGGACAAGCAUACGCGAGGCAACGACAGCCCGACGGAUGUGAAAAGAUUGCCCUCGGGUCUGUACGCCUGGCAACACCCCGUCGAGAUCAUCUGGGUGAAUGUCCAGUCUCCUGAAGCUCUAGUUUUCGCUUGCUUGGUUGGUUUAGCACUGGCACUUUGGCGACUACAUCCCACUACGGAGCUGGACGGCUAUUCUUACUUCACCAUGUUCGUAACCCUGGAGGCACUGUACCUGCUUCUGAAGCAGUAUCAAGCAGACGUGGUUCUGAUCAGCUCCACUCUGCUGCUGAGGCUUGUUGGUGCCUUGGACAACGACCGCGACGCCUGGGGUGGCUUUAGCAACUCUGUUGUCCUGUCAGUGGCCGUUCUGGGCAUUGUCUCUGCUGGGGUGCACCACACCGGGGUUAUCGACUUUCUUUUCAUGCGAGUCCUUGGCCAUCCGAAGACCUAUUUCUUCGCGAUCCUCAGGCUGAGCUUACCUGCCAUGCCCCUGGCCACCAGCAUCUCCAACACAUGCGUCAUGGGCGUUUUGAUCCCCGUGAUUGACAAGUGGUGCAAGGAAAUUGACAUGCCUCCGCGGCUUUUCCUGAUGCCAAUGAGCUACAUCAUGCUCGUGAUUGGGGCCUUUGCCAUUUUUUCCACUUCAUCGAACCUGGUGGUCCAGUCACUGCUGAUCGAGAGAGGACUCGAGCCCUUCGACAACUUCGCCAUCUCGAGCCUGGCAUUCCUUUGUGGCGCUGCUACCCUGCUCUACAUCGCCGUGGCAGUGCCGACCAUUUUGGCGGAAACGGAGUCGGCUUCUUCGCCUUCGAGUCCGAACAAGGCGAGCUCCACAGUGAGCAAGAAGCUCUUCUUGGCGAACAUUCAGAUCUCUGGAAGUUCGCUGGGCGGAAGGUCACUGAUGGAGUCGGGGCUGCUCUCUGUGCUCGGCAGAGUGGCGAGCAUCGUACGGGUAGAGCGCAUGGGCACAGAGGUUGGCCUCUCCAGCCUUGACGAGAACUUUAUGCUCGAGCAGCACGACAUUCUCUACGUCUGGUGCGCGGAGCAUGCCACGAUGGAGCUGGUCAACACAUCGGGAAUCACUCUCAUUGCCCUUGAUGGUGGCUUCGAGCACCAGCAUCGAGAUGAAGGUCGAGAAAUCGUCGAAGUGGUCCUCGAUGGGCUUUGCCCAUUGGUCAAGCAACCCCUGUCCUACACAACAGGGUUAGACAGCUACUACGGAGGCAACUGCCUGGCUAUCCGGCCAUGCUCAAUGCAGCAUUUUUGCUCGCCGCAAGCGCAAGCGGCUGAGGUUCGGACCUUCGUGUCGCAGCUGCGGAAUCCUCAUGCCACCGAUGAGGAAGCUGGUGCUUAUAGGUUCUGCAUCGGCGAUAACCUCAUCUUGGAUGUUCCGCGCCACUUCACUGCGGAGUAUGAGAGUUCUGCUCACUUCAGUCUGGUGAGAAAGCUCAGCGAUGAUGAGGAGGACCAAGACGGUAGCCAGAGUUUGCAGAAGAAGCGAGACAUGAUCAUUAGUGGCCUCCUGCUGGCCGGCAUGAUCGUGCUCGUGGCCUCAAACACGAUGCCUUUGCUUGAAGCUGCCUUGCUGACGUCAUUCCUGAUGGUGGUGACGGGAUGCCUCCCGCAACAGAAGGCAUUCAGCGCCAUCAACCUCAGAAUCGUACUGACGAUCGUUGGUGCAUUUGGCAUUGCCAAGGCGGUCAACAAGACCAAUCUUGCAGCAGUGCUUGCGCACAUGAUCUGCACCCUGCUGGCUCCCCUCGGCACUCGCGGAAUGUUUACGGGGAUUUUUCUUGCCACCGUGGGCCUUGGUGUCGUGUUCCAUGCGACCGCAGAGCCUUCCAAGCAAUUGAGUGACCUGGGGCUGUUUCUACUGGGAUCGCAGACAUCUCUGCAGGUUUCGAAUCCUUCAGUAUUUGAAUCUGAGUAG